AUGGCAGCAGCAGAUAAAAGAAUUAAUUCUCUUCAACCAAAAUCUACUCUCUCGCCUUAUGCGAGUUUAUAUCAACCAUACAAUAAUAAUGAGGCAUUCUCUUUGUUUCAGAAGUGUUUAGUGUAUGAUGACAUGGGUUCAUCAAGCAACCAGGGUUCUCUUGUGAAAUCUCGCAGUUCUGGAGUUUCUGACAAUUUCGACCAUGGAAUUACUUCAUCCGAUGGCAGAAGAAGUGUUGUUCCGAGUUUUGCAACAACAUCAAAUAAUGGUCAAUCUCAGCUGAGCAAUGAUUCUGGAUUUGGAAACCGUAUAAAUAAGGAAACAACAGGUCAAUCAAAUAUCAGAGCACCUCCAACUGGUUAUCAUUAUGGAACUCCAUAUUCUCCUUCUCAUGGAGGUUACAGUAAUCAGUUGAACAAUCUCUUUAACCAAAAUUUGUCUGUUUUCCAGAAUUCAGCAACGGAAGCAGCACCAUCAGCUGCGGGAAACAAUGAUAACCGCGCCUAUUCUCCACAAAACGGCAAUAUAUGGAGCAAUGAUCAGUUGGGUUCUUCAUCAUCCAUGGUUAACCAGGAUUCUCUCGCUAAAUUCCAUUCUGGAGUUUCUGGCAAUUUGAACCAUGGAAAUACUUCAUUAGAUGCUAUAAGCAGUGUUCCGAGCUUUGCAGCGUCAUUCAGUACUAGCCAUUCUCUGUCAAGUAAUGAUUCUUUUGCUUCUGGUUCUAAUUAUGCACCUCCAACUGGUUUUAAUUAUCAUGGAAGUUCUUCAUCUGGGGGACGUUUCAGCAAUCGGUUGAUCAGUCCCUUAAAUCAGCCUGUUCUUAAGAAUCCAUCAAUGUCAGCAGCAUCAGAUUCAACAAACAACCUUAACUGCGGUUUUUCUGGACAAAAUAGCAAUAUAUUGAGCGAAAAGGCACUAUUAGAUGCCCUUGUUCUUUUUUCUGCACAAAACGGCAAUAUAUUGAGCAAAGAGGCACUAUUAGAUGCCCUUGUUCUUGCAAAGCUAGAAAAUUGGAAUAUGCAAAAGUUGCAUAAAAUUCUUACUGGUGAUGCAACACUUAUUUAUGAAGUUCAUCCAGAUGAACUAUUUGCGAUGGCUACACUUAGGUUGGGUUCUAACUACUUGCUUGACAUUCUUAGUAACAGCAGAGACGGACUAAUUCCCGAGAAGAUAACCAAAUUAAUCUUUUGUAACCUCAUCCGUUUGAUGAGUGAUCAAUUUGGCAGUGCCGUCUUCAAGAAACUUCUGUCAUCAGUUACUGACGAAAUCCUGAUAAAGGACAUUGUGCAGAACAUGGCAUUUCAAAAUUAUGCUCUCAUCAAAGCAGCAACAACGGAACUCGGGGUAUCUUCGAUCCAGGAGCUCAUGAAGAUAGCCAAGAAGGAAAACAAAGACUUGGUUAAUAAGCUGAUUUGUGCCCUGGCAAAUAGAGAAAUACUGGUUGUGAUGAAGAACAAAUGUGGUAGCCGUUUAAUCAAAUUUUUGCUGGAGUUUCUGAAUUUACACCAAAAAGAGUUGAUUUACAGUGUGGUGAUGUCAUUUCAAUCUCAAUUAGAAUUAGCUACAGAUAAACAAGGAUGCAUUACACUCCAAAUUAUCAUGAAAAACCUACCAAAUCCUUUCCGAGAUGAACUUCUGCGGAGCAUCUCGAAUGCGGCUCACUUUCUUUCGUAUCAUCAAUGCGGGAACUUUGUUAUACAACAUGUAAUCAAAUUGGAUAGCCCUAUGUACACUUUCACUGAAAUCAUAUGUAAAAAGCUCAGAGGCCACUAUGUACCUUUAUCAAAGGAUAAAUGUGGCAGCUAUGUUGUGGAAAAAUGUAUUUACUCAACUAUAAUAGGUAUGCAAUUAGCGUCAGUUGAUUUUCUGACAAACAACACACUCAUCGAACUAGCCCAAAAUCAAAACGGAAACUACGUCGUUCAAACGCUACUUGGAACCACAAAGAUAAAGGACCAGUCACUCUAUCGAAUGCUUGUUUUUAAGUUAAAGCAAUACUCGAAGGACAUUCAGAACCAUCCACAUGGAAGCAAUGUAUACAAUUUGAUAAAUGGCGGAAAAAGCAACAAAAGGAGGCAGCAAACUAUACUGAGAUGA